GUGACAUUUACGACUGAUUGCUAUGAGCGAAACGAUGUUUAUAAAAUUUGAAAUCAAACAAAGGCCAAUUAGUAAUUAAUUGUGCGUUUCGAAGAGAAGAACAGUUUAUUACAGUGUCCCUAUGUUAUUGUACAAUAUAUGUCGUAUAUAUUGAAGGAAGUAUCGACUGUUUUAUAUACUGUUUUAUAUUUAUAAAGUAGCGAAUAUGAAGUUAAUAAUUAUUUCCGUGUUGUUGGGGAUGUGUUGGGCUAGAAAGUUACAUAUUCGAGAGGCAGGACCUAAGUAUGAAUGUUCCCACUGUCAGCCAGAACAGAUACAUAUUGCCUUUGGAGAAAAAGUAAACGACAUAGUGGUAACAUGGUCGACGUUCAACGACACGGAGGAGUCGCGCGUGCAGUACGGAGUGGGCAUCAUGGACACGGAGGCGACUGGCUCCAGCAAACUGUUCAUCGACGGAGGCAAGCUCAUGCGCAGCCAGUACAUACACACCGUCACAUUGAAGGACCUUAAGUUUAACACGAGAUAUGUGUACCACGCGGGCUCUGUGUACGGCUGGUCCGAGGAGUUCUGGUUCCACACGCCGCCAGCAGGCGAGGACUGGCCCGUGCGCGCUGCCAUCUACGGAGACAUGGGCAACAAGAAUGCACAUUCUCUAUCUUACCUGCAAGACGAGGCGCAACGUGAUCACUUCGACCUGGUGCUGCACGUGGGAGACUUCGCGUACGACAUGGACACCGACAACGCACUGGUCGGGGACGAGUUCAUGAGGCAGAUACAGCCGUUGGCAGCCAUCGUGCCUUACAUGACCUGUCCUGGGAACCACGAACAGGCUUACAACUUCAGCAACUACGCGGCUCGCUUCACGAUGCCCGGCCCGGACUCGAGUCUGUUCUACAGCUUCGACCUGGGCCCGGUACACUUCGUGUCCAUCUCCACCGAGGUAUACUACUUCACGCGGUACGGACUCAAGCUCAUCGUCAACCAGUACAACUGGCUCAAGGAGGAUCUCGCUAAGGCCAAUCUGCCGGAGAACAGACGGCGGCGGCCCUGGCUGGUGGUGAUGGGGCACCGGCCCAUGUACUGCAGCGACUCCAACGACAUCGACUGCAGCUGCGAGUACACACGGAACGGACUGCUCGGCGUCUACGGCCUGGAGCCGCUCCUGAUGGAGUUCGGCGUGGACCUGGUCAUCUGGGCACACGAGCACUCGUACGAGCGGACCUGGCCGCUCUUUGACAACAGGGUCUACAACGGAUCCUACGACAAGCCCUACGUCAACCCUGGAGCUCCGGUGCACAUCAUAACAGGGUCGGCAGGCUGCCAAGAGGCUACCGAUCCCUUCAGACCGGACCCGAUGUCGUGGUCUGCGUUCCGGAACAGUGACUACGGGUACACGAGGUUCGUGGCGCACAACAAGACGCACAUCUACAUGGAACAGGUGGACGUGGAUCUAAAAGGCAAAAUAAUCGACUCGUUCUGGCUCGUCAAGAAUCAGCACAAAUCUUACAACAUCAAACAUUAAAUAAAAUAAAUAUAAUUAGGUACUUUAGUUUUAUAUAAAUACAAUAGCUAUGAUUAGUUCAUCACUGAUCUUAAUGAGGCUACGAAAUAAGAAUGUGCAUAUCAUUGCAGGAGUUUUCAAUGGUGCUUUUCUACCAGAUAUGUGCAAUAUAAGUAAAAUAUAGCUCAACUAAAUCCGUUUCCACCAGUGCUAAGCUAUGUGUACCAACGAAUAUGAUUGGUGGAACCCAAACGCAUUCACGGCAACGUAGCAUAACACAUCUCUAGUGGAAAAGCUACCUAAUUCUCAAUUUGACUGUGAUUUUAAUGUUUGACCAAAAAUACAUUCAAGUAUUAGUAAUCUAAAUUUUUAGGAACGUUUAGUAUUAAUACUAAUGUGAUAUUGUUUACAGAACAUUUUCCAAAAUGUUAUAUUUACAUAAUGUCUUAUGCACGUCUGUACAGAUACUGUUGGUACAAAUAAUGACGUUUUGAGUAAAAUUACGAAUAGUUUUAGUCUUUAGGAACUGCGACAAUGUCGUAGAAAAAGUAGAGAUGUUGUACAAUUCUCUGUUUAGCCUUCACAGAUUUGUAUUCAUCACAAUAUUAUCAAUUUAUGAUAUCUCUUAUUGAUUGUAAAAUAAUUCUUACUACCUACAUGUCUAUUGUCUAAUGAAUAUUCAAUUGGAAUGAAUUAAAUAAAUAAAUAAUCUACAA